GCAGCGAUGGCGGCGCCCGUGCGGGACCGGGAGGCGCUGCAGAGGCUCAGCUUCCUCUUCCAGGCCGCGCACUGGGUGCUGCCCCACAGCCCCUCCCUCGCCCGCUUCUACUGCAGCACCCAGCGAGGGGCCGCCCGGCGCCUCGUCCUGCGCCUAGCCCCCUCGGUGAAGGGCGCCGUGUGCCGCCGCUGCUGCUCGCUGCUGCUGCCGGGCGCUGGGGGGCGCCAGCGCCUCAGGGGGGGGGGGCAGCCCCGCACCGUGCUGAGCUGCGGCCGCUGCGGCCGCUGGAAGCGGCGGCUGAACCGCGACACGCCCCGCCCCCUCUGAAGCCCCGCGGCCUCCGAUUGGCCCCCGCCCAGCGGCGUCCGACCAACGAGAAGGCGUCUGAGUGCAGAAAUAAACACCUUUAUUCUGUG